AUUUCAACCAAUAUGCCAUUCUACACCGUGAUGUGUUUGAAAUGUGUGGAGGUUCAUUUGGUACUCUUAGUUACAUAAGGCAUGCCUUCAGAAGAUUCCAAACCCGCUAAGCAGAAGGAAUGUUUAUGAGUACCAAGUUCUUUGCUAAUGCAGUCAAGAUGUCUAUUUUUCAGGUACAGAAAAUUACCGAACAAAUGGCAAAGUCUUCGUUGAAGCAGAAUGAGAUAAAGUACAACUUAAAAGUCCCCAAGGGUACAAGAGAUCGUGACCCGGUCCAAAUGACAGUUCUUGAAGGUGUAUUCAAUACAAUAAUACAGUGUUUCAAGCGUCAUGAUGCAGUAACAAUUGAAACGCCUGUUUUUGAGCUCAAGGAAGUUUUGACGGGGAAAUACGGUGAAGAAUCCAAAUUGAUAUAUGACCUCCAAGAUCAGGGCGGCGAAACACUUUCUUUGAGAUAUGACCUUACUGUCCCGUUUGCUCGUUAUGUUGCUAUGCAUAAAAUAAAAUCUAUCAAGCGUUAUCAAAUUGGGAAAGUUUAUCGUCGGGACCAACCAGCCAUGACUCGAGGUCGUUAUCGAGAAUUUUACCAGUGUGAUUUCGAUAUUGCUGGGGACUACGGACCAAUGCUGGCCGAUGUCGAAUGUCUGCGAAUCAUAUAUGAGGUCCUUUCAGAACUAGCAUUAGGUGACUUUGUUAUCAAGGUCAACCAUAGGCGUUUACUUGAUGGUUUAUUUGCAGCUUGCGAUGUCCCUGCUGACAAGUUUGUAACAACUUGUUCUUCAGUCGACAAAUUAGACAAGGUUCCUUGGGAAGAUGUCAAGCGAGAAUUAUGUGAAGAUAAAGGCUUAUCUGUCCAGACGGCUGACAAAAUCGGUUUCUACGUUCAGUUAUCUGGGGGUAUAGAUCUAGUUGAACGCCUUGAAUCUGAUGAAAGCCUCAACAACCAACCUUCUGCAAAGGCUGCUUUGCAAGAUAUGAGAUUGCUGUUGGGCUACUGUGAAGCAUUGGGUAUUAAGGAUAGAAUAGCUUUCGACCUUAGUCUUGCACGUGGUCUGGACUACUACACAGGUGUUAUAUACGAAGCUGUUCUAAAAGGUUUCACGUACAAUCCAAACUGUGCAAAUUCCGGUUCCGGUGAAGCUGAGACCACAUCUGCCUGUGAUGAACCGAUAGCUGUUGGUAGUGUUGCUGGCGGCGGUAGAUAUGAUGGUCUGGUUGGAAUGUUCGACUCAUCGGGAACACGAGUGCCGUGUGUUGGUUUUAGUUUCGGCGUGGAGCGUUUAUUGGCAAUCAAGGAAGCACUGGCUACUUCGGAUAAGAACAAAUCCAUUGUGCGAUCGACUGAAACUGAUGUAAUGGUCGCUGGUGCUCACAAAGGUCUUAUUAUGCAACGUUUGCAAUGUUGUCGGCUAUUAUGGGAUGCGAAAAUAAAGGUGAAUUUUAUAGUUUUGAUCACUUAAUAUGCCUCAUACUUAUAGGUAUCAAACGAUAUUUGUUUAGUUAUAUUCCUUCAACAGAAUGAAAAACAUUCUUUUAUUGCUUUGACCAUAAACUGACUUCAUUUGGAGAACCACUGAAAAACCAGGGAUACUGGAUGGCUGUCGUAGUCCUAGUUUGGGACUGUUCAGCAGUGCGCACACGUGACCCCACCGGGGAUCGGACUCGGAGCCUUCAGCUUAUGAGACAAGUCUAUUGACCAGUCAGCUACUGGGAACGAAUCCAAAAGCCCCUAAAUUUUAACUCCUGCCAAUGCCAUCGGCUACUAUGUCACAUAAAAAUCAUCCCAAACUCCUAGAUCAAUUGCAGUAUUGUGAGACAACUGGUAUUCCUUUAGCUGUGGUAUUGGGUGAAGGUGAAUUAAAUCGUGGCGUUGUGAAGAUUAGAGAUGUUCAAACCCGCGAGGAACUUGAAGUUCCGUAUACAGAGGUUGUGAAUAAAAUCAAAGAAAUUUUAUCUUCGAAGAGGCAAAAAUAAAAAUUUCUUCUCAUUUAAUGAACCUUGUGAUAUGAGAAUAAUCAUGCAUUUUGUUGUAUGUCUUGUCAGCUGUAUAAUUUGUUUAUCAUUUUAUGUGCUGUUUGGUAAUGAUAAUAAUAAAAGACUCAGGCCUUUUUACUUGUUAUUCUUUUUUCUGUUCAACUGAUUAUACAAGAAUUUAUAGUGCCUGCUGUCUUACCCAUGUAUUCCUGGGUAACCCAGCACCGAAUCGUUUCUGAGGAAUCAUUAUUAUAAUCUUUUUUCCCAUUGUUCAUUAGUUACUAUAAACUAUUCAUAAUUGAAGCCUUACCUUAUAGCUCGCGCUUGUUUGUAAGUAAUUGUAAUCUGAAGAAUAUGCCUAAUCAUUGUUAGGUAUCUCAUAUUGUUUCUCAUAUCACAUGUGGCUUUUAACAUGAACUUCCACUGGCUUUUUCAACUGCAAAAAUAUCACUUUGCAGUUGCAAUGUUUGUAUAAAUUCCGUUAACUUAAAAGUAAACUAAAGUUUGUUGAGGAAACAAACAAUUUAUUCAAAAG